AUGACCGUAUCAACCCCCGCCGCGUCUGUCCCCACUAGCGCGUCGCAACCCUCGGCUCCUUCUAGCGCGAGCGCGACAGCCUCUUCGGCUCCUGCCGCCGCGUCUUCGGGAUCCGCCAGCAACACUGCGGGCUCAGCAGCCCCUACCGCCUCGUCGACGACCCCUGGCAACACGGGUGACAAACUUGUCGUCGCUCACCAUAUGAUUGGGAACGUCUAUCCUUACACUCAGGGCGAUUGGGCUGACGACAUUGCGCUCGCGUCUGCAUCUGGAAUUGAUGGUUUUGCGCUGAACAUGGGCACGGAUGACUGGCAGCCCGAGCGUGUUGCGGAUGCCUAUCAGGCAGCGCAGGAGGCAGGCAACAACUUCAAGCUCUUCCUUUCCCUUGACAUGACCGUCUGGCCCUGCAACUCCGCCGACAGCGCCUCUAAGCUCCGCGCCCUCGUCAACAAGUUCGCCGACCACCCGAACCAGCUGAAGCUCAACGACCGCGUCUUCGUGUCCACCUUCUCCGGCGAGACGUGCAACUUCGGGCAGGGUAGCGUUGCUGACGGCUGGAAGAGCCAGUUCUACCAGCACCCCGAGCUCGCAGGCAAGAUUCACUUCGUGCCGUCCUUCUUCGUCGACCCGGCGCAGUUCUUGCAAUUUGCAGACAUCAUGGAUGGUGACUUCAACUGGAACUCUGCCUGGCCGAUCGAGGUUACUACCCAGUCGGCGCAGUCGAUCUUGUCGGGUGCCAAGGUGGUUUCCAACCUUGCGUCCUCGGUCGCUGGAAACGCAACUGUCGAUGGGACGAGCUUUACCAGUCUCCUUGGCGGUCUCUCAAAUGCCCUUGGGCCGCUCCUAGGCUCUCUCGACACCGACGAGAAGCAUCUCCAGAGCCUGAACUCGCUUUCGGGCAACAAGCGCGACGGUAGCAAGCGCACCUACAUGGCGUCUGCGUCUCCGUGGUUCUUCACUCAUUACGGAAAGGACUCCUUCAACAAGAACUUCCUCUACCUCUCCGACCAGCACCUCUACUCGAACCGCUGGGAGAACCUCAUCGCCUCGCGCGACAACUUCGACAUCGUCCAGCUCCUCACCUGGAACGACUACGGCGAGUCGCACUACCUCGGCCCCAUCAAGGGCGCGCAGCCCAAGUCCAACGCCUGGGUCGACGGCUUCAACCACACCGCGUGGCUCGACAUGACGCAGUACUACGCGACCGCCUUCAAGACCGGGUCCUUCCCCGCCAUCGAGAAGGACAAGCUGAUCAUGUGGGCGCGGCCGCACGCCGCCAAGGCGCAGGCCGCGGACCCCGUCGGCCCGCCGACGAACUUCGAGCUCACGGAGGACGCGGUGUGGGCGGUGGCGAUGACGGGCGCGCCGGCGACGGUGACGCUGAAUGGGCAGAGCUUCGAUGUGCCCGCGGGCCUGACGCGCCUGGCGGUGCCGCUUGCGGCGGGCGAGGGCAUGGAGGGCGCUAUCGUGCGCGACGGGGUGGACACGGUGCAGCUCAAGCCGGAGUUUACGUUCGAGGCGAAUCCGAAGACGUAUAACUUCAAUGCGUUCGUCGCGGGGGCGACGCAAGCGUAG